AUGGGGGCUAUAAUUUUCCUUGUGAUAUCCGUACUUUUUGAGUUGUUGUGUCUACUACUCAAUGCAUUUGUCUUUGCAAAAAUACCAGUUGUCAAAUAUUACCACGCAAAGGCGGCUUUAGAGGGAUCAAAAACAGUUAUGGCUGAUUUAGCUUAUGCUGGUGUUCAAGUGCAGCAAAACGAAACGGCUGAAGAGGGUCCAAAUGAUAAACUGGAGCGUCUGAGCGAUAAGCAGUUGAUUCUUGAAAACAAAGACUAUGCAAUUAUUGCAUUUCUCAUAUCCUUAUUGACAUAUUCAAUUUUCCCUGGGUUCUUAGCAGAAGAUACUGGGAAGCAUGGGUUGGGCACAUGGUAUGCACUUGUUCUACUAGCAAUGUUUAAUGUGUGGGAUUUACUUGGAAGGUACAUUCCCAUAGUAGAAAGCUUGAAGUUAGAGUUGAGAAAAGGCCUUAUGAUUGCGAUCGUUUCUCGUUUUGCACUUGUUCCAGCUUUCUAUUUCACUGCUAAAUAUGGAGAACAAAGUUGUACGAUAUUUUUGACAUCCUUACUAGGGUUAACCAACGGUUAUCUCUCUGUUUGCUUCUUUACUAUUGCACCCCAAGGUUAUAAGGGCCCAAAACAAAAUGCUUUGGGGAAUUUGCAUGCGAUUUGUGUUCUUGGAGGCUUGGUUAUGGGUAUAACACUUGAUUGGAUGUGGCUUAUUGCUGCUUUACUUGUUUUAGCUGCGCAGUUAGGGCUAGCUGCCAUGCUUGCAACUGCAUUACUUGGACUCCUACAGUUGUUGAACAUCGCUGCUGCCAAGACCUACCAGAAUCAAACAGAAGAGCCUUCAGUGACAAGAAAGAAAGGAAUAACAACAGAACCAACUACUUUAGAAAGUAAGCUAGAGGAUAGCCUUAAGAAUUUACCUUGA